GCCCCGCACGCAGUUCUUCUGAGCCGACCAUAUGCUGGUGUGAACGGCGCUGUUAGCAUCUCAGGCUGAAGCUCCUUUACCACGAUGGGAAAAAAACAGAAGAAGGCUGCGGAUGACAGGGAUGAGGACCUUGAUGCCCUGGCCGCUCAGAUCGAGGGUGCUGGCUCCAACAAGGAGCCGGGGAAGGGCAAGAAGAAGAAGAAAGCCCAGAAGAAGGACGACUUUGAUGAGGAAGAAAUCCUGAAGGAGCUGGAAGACCUCACCCUUGAAACCCUCGGAGACCAGAAACGGGAGUCCACAGAAGAAGAGAUGUUGGAGCCUCCCAAAGCAGAGAAGAAGAAAACCCGGAAGGGCAAGAAGGGAGGUGUUGGAGAGGAAGAGGAGGAGGAGGAGGAUGAUGAGGCCAGGAAGACACGCCCCCAGGAGGAAAAGACACAAAAGGCAGCCGGCCUCUCUGACGAAGAAGAGCGGCAGGCAGGAGGAGGAGGAGGGGGUGGUGGAGGAGGAGGGAAGGCCAACCGGAAACCCUCAGCAUCAGAGGAGGAAGAGGAGGAGGCCGGAGGACAGGAUGAGCAGUCUGAGGAGGAAGAGUCCAACAGGAAAGACAAGAAGAAGAAAGGGAAGGUGUUGAAGGAGGAGGAGGAGGAGCAGGAGGAGCAGGAGGGAGUCAAGAUGAAGACAGCAGCGCAGAAGAAGGCAGAGAAGAAAGAGCGGGAUAGGAAGAAGAAGGAGGAGGACCGGCUGAAACACAAGAAGGUGAAGGAGAAGGAGGAGGCGGAGCCAAAGAAGACUGAGGCCACACCCACUCCAGCUCAGCCAAUCGUGGAAGAGGAACCAGAAGCAGCAGAGCCAAUGGGAGAAGAGGAGACGGAGGGCGUCAAGAAGAAGGACAAGAAGAAGAUGAAGGGGGUGAAGGCGGAGAAGGAGGAGAAGAAGAAGGGUCUGAGUAAAGCCACCGUGAAGGCCAUGCAGGAGGCGCUCGCGCAGAUGAAGGAGGAGGAAGAGUCGGUCAAGAGGGAGGAAGAGGAGAGAAUACGAAAAAUGGAACAGAUGGAAACACAGAGACUGGAGCAGGAGCGAGUGGACCAGGAGAAGAGGGAGAAGAGGAAGCAGAAGGAGAAGGAGAGGAAGGAGCGACUGAAGAAGGAGGGCAAGCUGCUCACCAAGUCCCAGAAGGAGGCGCGGGCCCGCGCUGAGACCACGCUCCGGAUGCUGCAGGCCCAAGGUGUUGAGGUGCCAUGUAAAGACUCCAUGCCAAAGAAGAAGCCGGUUUACGGAGACAAGAGGAAGAAGAAACCGACGGCCCAGACGGCCCAGACGGCCCAGACAGAAGGGGCCCCUGAGGCUCCGCCCCCUGUGUCCCCCGAGGCCCCCGAGCCCCCCGCCCCGGUGGAGGAGGUCGCCCAACAGCCAGAGGUGAAGGCUGAACCAGCAGUAGAUGACUGGGAGGCCAUCGUCAGUGAUGAGGAGAAAGACCUGAAGAAGGUGCACAUCGAAGUGAAGCAGACUCCUCCUCUUCCUCCGCCUGCCAAAGAAGCCAGUGAGGAGGAGGAGGAAGAGGAGGAGAGCGAGGAGGAGGAGGAGGAUGAGGAGAAGGAGAAAGGAGGAGGGAAGGACAGCGAGGAGGAGGAGGAGGAGGAUAGCAGCGACAGCAGCGAGGAGGAGGACGGCCGCACCAAGGAGGAGCUCCUCUACGACCGCGCUAAGAAGCGCAUCGAGAAACGACGGGCGGAGAACAUGAGGAACGUGGACCUGGAGCGACUGCGGUCUCCGGUGGUCUGUGUCCUUGGGCACGUCGACACCGGCAAGACCAAGAUCCUGGACAAGCUGCGUCACACCAACGUGCAGGACGGUGAGGCCGGGGGGAUCACUCAGCAGAUCGGAGCGACCAACGUCCCGCUGGAGACGAUCGUAGAGCAGACCAGGAUGGUCAAGAACUUCGAUAAAGACACCAUAAAGAUUCCUGGUAUGCUCAUCAUCGACACUCCAGGUCACGAGUCCUUCAGUAACCUGAGGAACCGGGGGUCCUCUCUGUGUGACAUUGCCAUCUUGGUGGUGGACAUCAUGCACGGCCUGGAGCCCCAGACCCUGGAGUCCAUCAACCUGCUGAAGGAGAAGAAGUGUCCUUUCAUCGUAGCCCUCAACAAGGUGGACCGUCUGUAUGACUGGAAGAAGAGCCCAGAGACGGACGUGGUCGCCACGUUGAAGAAGCAGAAGAAGAACACCAAGGACGAGUUUGACGAGCGGACCAAGAGCAUCGUGUUGGAGUUCGCCGAGCAGGGGCUGAACGCCGCCCUGUUCCAUGAGAACAAGGACCCCCGUACCUUUGUGUCCAUGGUGCCCACGUCGGCCCACAGCGGCGACGGGAUGGGGAACCUGAUCGGCCUCCUGGUGGAGCUCACCCAGACCAUGCUGGCCCGGCGCCUGGCCCACUGCGACGAGCUGCGGGCGCAGGUCAUGGAGGUGAAGGCCCUUCCUGGGAUGGGGACCACCAUCGAUGUGAUCCUGAUCAACGGGACUCUGAGGGAGGGGGAGACCAUCAUCGUGCCGGGUGUGGACGGCCCAAUCAUCACGCAGAUCAGAGGCCUGCUGCUGCCCCCCCCCCUCAAGGAGCUGAGGGUCAAGAACCAGUAUGAGAAGCACAAGGAGGUGAACACGGCUCAGGGGGUGAAGAUCCUGGGGAAGGACCUGGAGAAGACCCUGGCCGGGCUGCCUCUGCUGGUGGCCCACAGCGAGGACGAGAUCCCUGUGCUGCGGGACGAGCUGGUGCGGGAGCUGAAGCAGACGUUGUCGUCCUUCAAGCUGGAGGAGAAGGGCGUGUACGUCCAGGCCUCCACUCUGGGCUCCCUGGAGGCGCUGCUCGAGUUCCUCCGCACCUCCAAAGUGCCUUACUCUGGGAUCAACAUCGGCCCGGUCCAUAAGAAGGAUGUGAUGAAGGCGUCCGCCAUGUUGGAACACGACCCCCAGUAUGCAGUGAUCCUGGCGUUCGACGUGAAGGUGGAGCGUGACAGCCAGGAGAUGGCCGACAGCCUUGGGGUCCGAGUGUUCGCUGCCGAAAUCAUCUACCAUCUGUUUGACUCCUUCACCAAAUACCGCGAGGACUACAAGAAGGCCAAGCAGGACGAGUUCAAGAACAUUGCUGUGUUCCCGGUCAAGCUGCGUAUUCUUCCCGCCUUCAUCUUCAACUCGCGGGACCCCAUCGUGAUGGGGGUGGUGGUGGAGGCGGGGGUCCUGCACCAGGGCACACCCCUCUGCGUGCCCAGCAAGGCUUUUGUAGACAUCGGCAUCGUGACGAGCAUCGAGAUGAACCACAAGACGGUGGAGUCGGCGAAGAAGGGCCAGGAGAUCUGCGUGAAGAUCGAGCCCAUCCCCGGGGAUUCGCCCAAGAUGUUCGGACGCCACUUUGAGGCCACGGACUUCCUCGUCAGCAAGAUCAACCGCGCCUCCAUCGAUGCCCUGAAGAGUUGGUUCAGAGAUGAGAUGCAGAAGUCUGACUGGCAGCUCAUCAUGGAGCUGAAGAACACCUUCGAGAUCAUCUGAGAGAGACACACACACACACACACACACACACACACACACACACACACACACACACACACACACACACACACACACACACACACAGUGUGCCUGCUAUAGAAACAGGAGUUUCUUCUUCUGUGUCGGCUCUGGCUGCUGCCCCCCCCCCCACAACAGGAAGGGAUGUCAUCCUCCUCGUCUUCAUCACCGUCCUCUUCAUCCCCGCCAGAGGAAGUAGAAUUGUUCCAGCAGGAAGCAGGUUGACUACUACGGAUGAGGCGGCCAUGUUGGAUUCUGACAUCAUGGGUCAAAGGUCACGCCUCCUUGAGUCACAUGACCUGAGGGCCUGCGGAUCCUAGGGGCCGGCCGGCUGGGGUCCUGGACCGGGGUCUGGUCUGAGCCGGUCUAGUCUGGUUCUGGUCUGAGCCGGUCUGGUUCUGGUCUGAGCCGGUCUGGUUCUGGUGUGGUCCUGACCGGUCUGGUCUGGUUCUGGUCUGGUCCUGACCGGUCUGGUCUGGUUCUGGACUCAGGGUACCAGAGUGAACCGGUCUCAAUAAUCAGAUCUGUGCUGUUGAAUAUUUGCAAUGCAAAUCAAAACAUUAAAA